AAUCCAAAGUUUUGUAGUGAAUGUUGGCAGAGUUACGUCCCUUGUCAAUCUGUUAUCAUCAAUAACAGAAAUGGCAGAUAUUAAUGCUCAACAGAAAUUGAUGAAAUGUCGAGCUUAUUUAGAAGGCAAUCCAACCGACGUUAAGUUGCUUUACAUUUUUAACAAAUUAUUACGGUUCCCAGUGACUAUUGAUAUUUUACAGUCGACUGGAAUUGGAAAAGCUGUCAACUCAUUUAGAAAGCGUGAAGGUGAGAUUGGGGAGAAAGCACGAGCUGUGGUAACUUUGUGGAAAUCUUUAGUGUCAAAACAAGAAAACAAUCUCACAGACAAACGGUCAGUAAGUAGUAGUUCAUCUCCAUAUAAUUCCACAUCCACGGAACAAUCUGGCAAGACUUCAUCUGAUGAUGAGAAAACCACUCCUUGCCGAACAAAACGUCAGUCUUCUCCUCAAUCUUCUCCUCAACCAAGAUCUUCCACAAAAGAAUGUGAUAAAACUUCUGAAAAUAUCAAAGAGAGGAAAAAGCACCAGAGCAGCAAAAGCAAUUCAGAGACUUCCAGAUCACCAGAAAAGAAAAACAAAACUGUCAGUGAUUCAAGCAAAGAACAUCAUCAGAGUUCAAAGAGUAAAAGUGAGUCUGAGAGCAAAGCAAAAGUAAAGAAAUCACAGAAUCUCAAAAGGAAGAAAAAAUCUGCGGGAGAUGGCUUGAGUUUUGAGGACUUUAUGAACUAUGAUGAUUCAGCAAUGAAGAAAAAGUUUAAGAAAAAGAAACAUGACAAAGAUGAUAGUAGUAAGUCUUCAAAAGAAAAGAAAGAAUUGAACUCUCCUAAAGAUAGUAGUAAAAGUCAUUCAUCCUCCUCCAGUUUACAAUUAAGUAAAAAAUCCAAAGAGCCUAAAAGUAGCACAUCUCAUGUUUUACAUGUGCCUUCAGCUUCCAAAGAGCUUCUUCCUUCUGAAUCUGAAAUAUUGAGUUCUUUACCAGAAACUCAGGCCCAUUACCAUCCAUGGAGACUCAGUGAUGGUAACAAAGUAGAACGGAAAGCUGUGACAAACAGUGGUGAUGAUCUCGAUUCUGUGCUUAUUGGAAUUAAAUCAAGAACACGAGAAUGUGUGUAUUCUGGGAAGAAAGCAACUUUAAAAGAAUUACCAACGUUAUUUACUGCCUGUAUUCAAGUCCUGAUUGAAAAUAUCGACAGUCUUGAAUAUGUUGGUGGUAUACCAUUUCUGAUCCUUCAACCAGUUCUGGAGCGCUGUACUGUAUCUCAGCUUUAUACUUUAGAAGACUACAACCCGCAUUUCCUUGAAGACUCAGACAAACUAUGGAAAAUUCAUUGUCAACGGGAUUUUCGUGGUUAUGAACCAGACGAGAUGGAAUCCUGGAGAGAAAUGUAUUUAAGAAAGUUUGAUGAGCGCGAAGCGAAACUCAAAGUGGUUAAGGCUAGUAUUUCAGCCUCAAUGUCCAAGGUUACUCCAGAGAGAACAGUUAAGAUGGCGUUUGUAGAAGCACCUGCAAAACCUCCACGAGAUGUUCGUCGCAAGCAGUUGAAGCAUGGAACAGGGACCAUCACCAAGGAUGCUUUAGGCCCAUAUCGUACAUAUAAACCGGUUGUCAAUAACAAACUUCUGGCUUCCACUGCUGCCUCCCACUCGAGUUCUUCAGGUCCUUCUUCAGCGAGAAUACAGGUUUCUCAACAACAUCGCUCCACAAAAGUCAUUGCACCAAUGAUGCAGAAGACUAUGAAGAUGAUUAAAAAGAUGCAGAGACGAUGAAAA